AUGGUAAAGGCUGCCGAUGCCGAAGCCACCAACUCUGCAGCACCCAAUGCUGGGUCAACGAAAACGAUACGCGAUGUGCGCAUUGAGGCCGAAAUGAAAACACCAUCAACUACUGGGGUGGUAAAACUUGACCUCAUCCGGGACGAAAACUUCGUCCGUGGCGAUGCUGUCGGCGACCAAAAUAGUGCACCCGUAGUAGCUAGUCGCACCGGGGGCGUCGAUCUUAAGUACGGGCAGACGCUUCAGAAUGUGGUUCGCUUCGAUCUUAAAGAGGAGGGCAACCAUGUACUCGCCGUGACGGUCAGUUACUAUGAGGCUACGGAAACCAGUGGACGCACGCGAACGUUUCGGAAGCUGUACCAGUUUAUCUGCAAGUCAUCUCUUAUUGUGCGAACGAAGUCCGGGCCAUAUGCUGCAUCAAUGCCAACGCGGCGGCUCCACAAGGCCGGUGGGGAUGCGCCGCUCCGGCGCUGGAUAUUGGAGGCACAGCUGGAAAACUGUGGUGAAGAUGUCUUACAGCUGGGCCUCGUGGCGCUCCAGCUUGAACCGGCACUUACCUACGAGAGCUGCAAUGACUGGAACGAUGAUGUCAAAAUGCCAUCAUCAGCGACCGGCUACGGCAGUAAACGACCCAUUCUUCACCCCGGAGAGGUAGAACAAGUGACUUUCUUGAUACAGGAGACAGCUCCCGGGUUGCAAGAGGAGGAUAGCGGCCGCAUAGUGUUUGGUGUGCUUGGGAUUGGAUGGCGAGGCGAGAUGGGGGGCCGGGGCUACUUGUCUACGGGCAAACUGGGCACCCGCGCAAGCCGAUAA